AUGUUUUGUCAGGACCUGCUGACUCGUGUGGAGGACUUCGAGCAGCGCAGUGAGAGGCUGCUGUCGGACGAGGCCCCGAGGCCCGCGGACCUCCAGGAGCUGCUGGACCUGAGCCUGGGCCUGGAUGUGGAGCUGCCCCAGAGACCAGAGCUCCGUGAGAGGCUGGAGCAGGCGCGCUGGCUGGAGGCGGUGACUCAGGAGAGCGCUCAGCCUGACGCCCUCUGUCUGGACACCAUGAGGCGGCUGAUCGACCAGGGCGUGGGGCUGGCGCCGCACGGCUCCGUGGAGAAGGCCAUGGCCCGACUGCAGGAGCUGCUCACGGUGUCGGAGCAGUGGGAGGAGCGAGCGCUGGGGCUCAUGGAGAACAGGCCCUUCCAGAGCCUUGAGGAUCUGGACGCCGUGCUGCAGGAGGUGGACAACAUUCCAGCGUUUCUGCCCAACUGUCUGGAGCUGAAGGAUGUGGUGGAACGAGGCAAGAGCUGGACUGAAGAGGCAGAGGCCCUGCAGCUGGGCGGGCGGAUCCCGGUCCUGGAGAGCCUCUUGGAGCUGGUGCACCGGGCUGACUCCAUCUCAGUGAAACUGGAGCCACUGAGUCGUCUGGAGGCUUUGGUCGGUGACGUCCAGACGUGGAAGGAGAGCGCAGCCAAGACCUUCCUCCUCAACGACUCCAACUACUCUCUGCUGGAGGUCCUGUGUCCUCGCUGUGACGUGGGCCCUGCUUUGCUGAGGUCCAGGUGUAAAAAAGGAAAAGAAGCUUCGCCUCUGAGUCGGAGGAGUCCCUCGAGGCUGGACUCUGUGUGCGACGUGGAGAAGGCUCUUUCUGAAAGUAAAGAUUCUGCCUCAGCGAUGGACACUCUGGCUGAAGUGCAGCGCUCGGAGAUGGAGCUGCUGUUGGCUCUGCGCACCUCAAACGACUCUCGGAUUCUCUCGGCUGAAGCCUGCAGCUCUUUGGGGGUGUGUGUCUGUCAGAGGCCGCCGUCUGGAGCAAUGGUGCGCUGUGAACUCUGCAGAGAGCUCUUCCACUGUGACUGUGUGCGUCCGGAGCAGCAGCAGGCCUGGUUCUGUCCUCUGUGUCAAAGAUCAAGGAAACCUCCUCUGGACAAAGUGCUGCCGCUGUUGGCGUCGCUGCAGAGGAUCCGAGUGCGUCUGCCCGAAGGAGACGCACUCAGGUUUCUGAUCGAGAGGACGGUACGAUGGCAGCAUAAGGUCCAACAGGCCUGUGCCGACGGGCUGCUGGAGCGACUGGGCAAGUCCAGAGGCCGUCAGCCGCUGCCUUCACGCACAGACUGGGAACGACACGGUGCUUCUUUCUACAUGGAACACGCUUCUUUUCCAGUUCACGCUCUUCCAUCGGAGCUGGACGAGCUGUUGGUGGAGGGGUUCCUGCUGCAGGUGACUCUGCCGGAGACUGAGCAGCUUCACAGAUACUUGUUGUACAAACUGACACCGCCUCCUGCACCUUCACCCAGACACAGCCCCGAGAGGGAGCAGCGCCGCCACAAGAGUGGGAAGACCAGAGGAUCCAGUCCUUCCAAGGAAAACUGUCAGAGCAAACGCACCAAAAGGCGCAAAGACAGCUCUGACUCUCAGCUCCACGAAAAGGCCAAGAAAUCCAGAAAAAAGAAGUCAAAGCGAAGUAAGGAGAGGAGAGAGGAGCGCAGGAAGGAGAGGAGAGAGGAGGCGAGGUUGGAGAGGAGAGAGGAGGCGAGGUUGGAGAGGAGAGAGGAGGCGAGGUUGGAGAGGAGAGAGGAGGCGAGGUUGGAGAGGAGAGAGGAGGCGAGGUUGGAGAGGAGAGAGGAGGCGAGGUUGGAGAGGAGAGAGGAGGCGAGGUUGGAGAGGAGAGAGGAGGCGAGGUUGGAGAGGAGAGAGGAGGCGAGGUUGGAGAGGAGAGAGGAGAGCCGGGAGCAGAGCAGGAGGAGCAGCUGUUCUCCGCCCCACACCUCAGAUCCUGCAGAGUCCGAGUCUGAGGAGGACUUCUCUCUGUGUGCAGCAGCGUGGUGCAGGGAGCCCGAGGGAGACGAGGUGAACUGGGUGCAGUGCGACGGCAGCUGUAACCAGUGGUUCCAUCAGGUCUGUGUGGGUCUGUCGGCAGAACGAGCCGAGACCGAGGACUAUGUUUGUAUAAGCUGCACACAACCCGACUAUGACCGGGACAAAUGA